AUGCCAACAAGAAUUUCUUCUGUUUAUCAUCAUGAUUAUCAUUUUAUAAAUUAUUAUAUUUCAUUAGGUGAUUCAUAUGCAGCGGGUGUUGAAAUUACUGGACCUUCUCCUGAAAAAUAUACUACUUCAGCUUAUUCAUAUGUAGAUGCUUUAUAUGAUCUGUUAAAAGCGAAAUACAAAAAUCUUGAAUUGAUAAAAUUGGGAAUUAGUGGUAAAACAAGUGAUGGCCUUAUUAAUGAUGAAUUAACAAAUUUUAUGAAAUCCCAUUAUGGAUUAACAAAAUUUAUUACAAUUACUAUUGGAACUAAUGAUAUGCAUAUCUGCAAAAAUGAUGCCAGCGAAUGUUUUAAUAAAGCUCUUAAUAAUUUAACUAAUAAUUUAAAGAAUAUUAUAAUUCCACAGUUGAAGGAAGCAGGCGGUGAGAAUGUACAUUACAUGGCUUCCACAUACUAUCUGAAUCCUUUGUUAGAUGAUAGAUUAAUCGAUAUUUACAGUAAGAAUGGGUUUAAGGUAGUGGAUCUCAGAACUAUUAUUACAGACUAUACUAGAUGUAGUUACACUUAUACGUGCACGCAUAAUAAUAGUCAUCCAAAUGAAGAUGGCAGUUAUGCAAUUGGUAAAGCUUUCUAUGAGAUAAUUUGA